AUGUUAUCUGAAGAUAAUCGUCAUCUUUUUGAUUAAUAUAGGUAAACUUUGAAAAGUCAUGUAUUUGGACCUGAAAUAAGUUUAAAUUAAGUGGUAGCUAAGUAAUUAGAGGAUGAUUUAAAGAAAAAGUAGUCAGUUUCAUUUAAAGAAGAAGAUGAUAUUAUAAUAGUUGAAAACUGGAAGGAAUAUAAUGUAGAUGUGAGUAGUUAAAAUUUCCAUUAGAAAUAAAAACAGAAAUCUCAUUCUUAAUGUUUCAAUAUUUGCACUACUUUUUGA